AUGGCUGGCGGCUUUGGAGCGCCGACACACGGAGGUGGCGGGCAGCUUGAGGCAAAGAUCACGCCGGUUGUAAUCAUUUCUUGCAUAUUGGCUGCUAACGGAGGCCUCAUGUUUGGUUAUGAUAUUGGUAUUUCAGGGGGCGUUACUGCUAUGCCUCACUUCCUGAAGAAUUUUUUUCCGGUUGUCUAUAAAAAAACACAGGAGAAAGGGAUUGAGAGCAAUUACUGCAAAUACGACAAUCAAGGCCUGCAGUUGUUCACAUCUUCAUUGUACCUUGCUGCUUUAACAGCAACAUUUGCUGCAUCGCGCACAACAAGAACGCUAGGCCGCAAAGCAACCAUGUUGAUUGCUGGCAUUUUCUUCAUAUUCGGAACUAUUCUCAAUGCUGCAGCUGUGAACCUUGUAAUGCUUAUUAUUGGGAGGCUCUUACUUGGUUGUGGAGUUGGUUUUGCUAAUCAGGCGGUGCCGCUGUUCCUUUCUGAGAUUGCACCAACAAGAAUUCGUGGAGCACUCAACAUUCUCUUCCAGCUCAAUGUCACCAUUGGCAUUCUUUUUGCGAACCUUAUCAAUUUCGGCACUGCCAAAAUUACAGGAGGAUGGGGGUGGAGACUAUCUUUGGGAUUGGGCGGUAUUCCUGCCGUUAUGCUAACCGUGGGAUCUCUUAUUGUGGUAGACACUCCUGACAGUUUGAUCACACGGGGCAAGUUGGAGGAAGGAAAAGCAGCUCUUAAAAAGAUUCGAGGUGUUAGCAAUGUUGAAGCCGACUACUUGGAGAUUGUGGAGGCAAGUCGUAUGGCUUCUGAAGUGAAGAAUCCCAUGAGAAAUCUACUCAAGCGCCGAAACAGACCUCAACUGGUUAUUGCAGUUUGUAUGCAGAUUUUCCAGCAAUGUACUGGCAUUAACGCAAUCAUGUUUUAUGCUCCAGUUUUGUUUAGCACAGUAGGAUUCAAAAGCGAUGCUUCCCUUUACUCUUCUGUUAUUACAGGAGCCGUCAAUGUCCUCUCCACUGUCGUAUCUCUCUAUUCAGUGGACAAAGUUGGUCGUCGCUUGCUCUUGCUACAAGCCGGUGUCCAAAUGUUCAUUUCUCAAAUGGUGGUAGCACUAGUUCUUGGCAUCAAAGUUAAGGACCAUUCUGAAAGCCUCACUCAGGGCUUGGCAUUACUUGUGGUGGUGAUGGUGUGCACAUUUGUUGCGGGGUUCGCAUGGUCUUGGGGUCCUCUCGGGUGGUUGAUCCCUAGUGAGACUUUCCCACUUGAGACUCGCUCGGCAGGCCAGAGUGUAACCGUCUGUGUUAACAUGCUCUUCACAUUUGUUAUAGCACAAGCCUUCCUAUCAAUGCUUUGCAACUUCAAGUUUGGCAUCUUCAUAUUCUUUUCAGCUUGGGUCUUGGUUAUGUCAGUCUUUGUGCUGUUCUUGCUUCCUGAAACAAAGAACGUACCUAUUGAAGAGAUGACAGACAGAGUCUGGAAGCAACACUGGUACUGGAGGAGAUUUAUGGAUGAUGAUGGGGAUGCUUUUUACUAG